AUGAUUGGCGAGGAGACAUCUGGUGAUAGAUGGUAUGCUGUUAUUGCAAUUGUAGACGUGGAGAGCGUCUCUUCGUGGCGAGUCAACAAUAUGCAAUCCAUCGGUCCGCAGAUUCCGGUCAAAUCGGCAUUGUUGAGCCCCAGCAAGCAGAUUGCUUAUAAUUCGAAGCUUCAACGACUAGUCUCUUCUAUUGCUCUUGCUCUACCUCAGCUCAACUCGUCUCUUGGUCCUGUAGUUAAUCUUGGGUAUGCUGCGUUCGUGGGUAAUACCACGUCUCCAACGGGUCAGACCAAUGGCCCUGUAACUUUCUUUGUUGUCGAUGGUGGAGAUGUUUCUAUCACGGAUGCCCGCAAUUGGGGUCCGCCCUGCAUCCGGCAACCAGGCCAGGUUGGCAUCGGACAAGAAGACUGUUUGCUGCUCAAUAUUUGGAAACCGGCCGAUGCAAAGGAGAGUGAUAAACUCCCUGUUGUUGUCUACAUUCACGGCGGCGGAUUUCUCUAUAGUACUCCUCAAGGCUUUCCUAUGUAUGAUUGGGUCAACCAAUCCAAUCCGAAGAUCGUCGGGGUGUCCAUUGCCUACCGCCUGAAUCUCCUGGGCUUUCUUGCAGGAAGCUCGGUACAAGAAUAUGGAGAUGUGAAUGCGGGGCUUCUUGACCAGCGAGCCGCCCUAGAGUGGGUGCAGCGUCACAUCGCAAGCUUCGGAGGCGACCCAGACGAGGUGACAAUCGAUGGUGAGAGCGCUGGUGGUGCAAGUGUCGUAAUACAAACUGUUGCUUAUGGAAGUUCAAAGCCAGUCCCUUUCAAGCGGGCAAUUCGACAGUCAAUCGGUUAUCCCUUACUCUCAGCGGACGAAGCCGAAGCCGCGUUUAAAACUGUCACAGAAGUAGUCGGUUGCCCCAGUUCCGGUCUGCAAGCUAUGUCUUGCCUUCGAAAUGCUUCAGUUAGUGCCAUCGUAGCCGCUAUCAAUGCGGUUUCGGGACCAGGCGUCGUACCAACUAUCGGCGGACCUGGCAGCAUUCUCCCGGAAUUACCAAGUACACUCAUAAGGUCAGGAAACUUCAGCACGGUUGACUUCAUAGGUGGACAUUGUACAGACGAUGGACGCUGGUUCUUGCCUGGGACUCCCGCCGACUACAAAACAGAUGCGGAUGUAAUCCGUCUUGUAUUUGGCUCUUGGAAUGCACAAGUAUCGAAUGAGACAAAGCAGGAAGCACUUGCGCUCUAUCCAGCCCCAGGAACGUCUGGUAGUCCGUAUGACACGCAAUAUGAUCGUGCGGGAACAAUGUUUCAAGAGCUCGUUUUUGCUUGCAUGGACUGGUUUCUCGCGGAUCGCCUUCAGCAGGAAGGUGUACUGUCACUUGAUAGAUUCAACUCUCCAAACCCUGUCCUGCUUGCAGCUUCUCCAUGGGAAGGUGUGAUGCAUACCUCAGACCUUUUCUACUUGUUUUCAGGAACAACAUCGGCUUCAAACGCAGGGUUUACAUUCACUCAAUUCAACAGUACCGAGGCUACCCUCUCAAGAGAAUCAAUCUCAUACUGGACUUCGUUCAUAUCUUCUGGCGAUGCAUCGACUUCACGGUUGGCCAACUCGCCCGAGUGGCUACCAUUCUCAACCGGAUCGCGGAUGGUUCUCAACCAACCGAUGAAUUCGAGCUCGAUGAGUGCUUCGGAGAUGGAAGAUACACCAUCGGAUGAGAUUAAUCGAUGCAAGUUUUGGAUGUCGAAGAACGUGACGGAUCAGACAAGAAUUUGA